AUGGUACUACUGGCGUUGUGGCCGUACGACUUCAAUCAACACUUGCCAACAACGCUCCAGGGCCGAUUCCGGAUCUCGUUGCUGCUGAACGUGAUGUGCUACACAUUCUGGCAGUUUAUCUGUUUACACAUAACUAUAUUCAAUAUUAAGACCAUAGUGGACAACAUCGAUAAUUUGGGCGACAUAUUUACGCAAAUGGCGAACGCGAUAAUCUACGGCAGUAUGUUUAUAGUGAAUGUAUAUUUCCGGUGGAACUAUCAACGGGAAGCCCAACUAUUCGAAUUGAUGGCGGACAAAUUCAAACGUCGAUCUGCGACCGGAAUCUCUUAUGUAGAGUAUGAAUCAAGUAAGCGUUUCGUUAAUAAAUUCUUCAAAUUCUGGAUCACCACUUGUACCGCGGUAACGUUUCAUUGGGUUGUGAUACCGGUCAUACAGUGGGAGAGAGUACUUCCCUUCGAGUUUUGGUACCCCUUCGAUGUAAGUCAUUCCCCGAUGUACGAGAUAGCCUAUGCCGGUCAAAUUGUUGGUCAGUUACAAGUUGGAAUAACGUACGGAAUGACUGCUUCUUUACUUAUGGCGUACAUAUUUAUUGUUUGUGGACAGUUCGGUAUACUUUGUUGCAGCUUAAGAAACUCAUACAAUACAGCUAUGAUUAACGGAGGCAACUACCACCACCAACUCACCAUGCUACAAAAUUUAUAUAAAACGUAUUUACAAAGUGCGAAGAGUUCCUGGUUCGAGAAGGAGUUGUUAGAAGAGUUUUCGAUUGCCCCGAGAACAUUAGCCAAACGACUUAAGCCACCACCUAUUAACCAUCGGUAUCUAAUGCAACUAUCGAAUGAAUUGGCCACAGCUUUGGAUGAUUGUAUCGAUCAUCACGUUGUGCUGAUAAAUUUCUGUCGUCGUUUGGGAGAAUACUAUCAUCCAUUUUUAAUGUUAACCUUCUUUCAGGAAGUUUCCCUGUUGUGUUUGUUGGCUUAUAUCGCAACAAUGGACGAUUUAAGUCCAAUGCAGGUGGCAAACAUUGUUGAAUAUCUACUAGUAGCCGUGUCAGAGUUGGUUUGGAUGUCCUAUCUGGGACAAAUAUUGAAAACUCAAAAUAUCAAUGUUAUUGAUGCGUUGAUGGAUUCUCCUUGGUAUGAAUGUGGAGCAGCCUUCCGUCAGAGGGCUCUAAUGAUACUAGCUAACUCGUUGAAACCGCUGAAGCUAACGGCUUUCAAGAUGUACGAUUUGGACAUGAAAACAUGCCUCUCGGUACUAAGGAUUUCCCUUUCGUAUUUCACGCUACUGCAGAAAAUUGGGCAUAAGAAAAGUAACAUAUACAUAUAGGUUUGAACGGCAUUUGGCUC